CAGUGAAAUUCAGAGGCUGGCAGCUCCUCUCUGGUGGAGCUGAAGAACAUAUAAGUGUAAGGAAGAAGUGAGCGAGGGAAGGAACUUUUCAGCAGUUGCCAAGAUGGGCAUGAGGAUCAAGUUGCACAGCACUGACCACCCCAAUAACCUGCUGAAAGAACUUAACAAAUGCAGAUUGUCAGAGACUAUGUGCGAUGUUACCAUUGUGGUAGGUAGCCGUUCCUUCCCUGCACACAAAGCAGUGCUGGCAUGUGCAGCAGGCUAUUUCCAGAACCUUUUCUUCAAUACAGGACUGGAUGCUGCCCGCACCUACGUAGUGGAUUUCAUUACUCCAGCCAACUUCGAAAAGAUCCUGAGCUUUGUCUAUACCUCAGAACUCUUUACAGACCUGAUCAAUGUGGGUGUCAUUUACGAGGUUGCUGAAAAAUUAGGGAUGGAUGACUUGCUGAAGGCCUGCCAUUCCACUUUCCCAGACUUGGAAAACUCAGCUAUCACUAAACAGCCCUCUCUCUCAUGUGAAAGCCGGCCAACUGGUGCUUCGGCUGAGCCGAACCAUUCCCUGGGUGAAAUCAGAAACAGUGGGGAACAUUUGGGACCAGACCGGAAUUGCAGUAUGCAUGGUGAAGCAGCAGGUGGCUAUAAAGAAGAUCCUGCAAAUGAAGCUAGUCAUAACUUAAUGCAUCCGCAGACACCCAAAACCGAAGAACAGGAAUCACCAGCCCAGUUCACUGGUGCCAUGAGUAUUAUGACACAGGCUAGUCUUAGCAACAUCAGCAUGGCUGUUCAAACAACUGUGAAUUCUUGCCAGCCGUAUAAGAUCCAGAGCAAUGGGGAUUACAGCAAAGGCAAUAUUUUUGCCUCUGAUGCUUCUCUAGAUAUAUCCACAGGCAGCAAUUCCUGCCUGAGCAAUAGUGACCACUCCAAAGACCAGGGCUUUGGGCAGAUGGAUGAGCUGCAGCUGGAAGACCUGGGAGAAGAGGAGCUACAUUUUGAGGAUCCCAGCGAGGAGUUAGGUGCUGCAGAGGAAGUGAUUGAGCUGAGUGAUGAUAGUGAGGAUGAGCUAUCCUUCGAGAAUGACAACCGGGAUAACAAGGCCAUGCCUUGUCAAGUGUGCAAAAAGGUUUUAGAGCCCAACAUACAGCUGAUCCGCCAGCAUGCUAGGGACCAUGUAGACCUCCUGACUGGCAACUGCAAGGUCUGCGAGACCCAUUUCCAAGACAGGAAUUCCAGAGUCACCCAUGUCCUGUCACACAUUGGGAUAUUCCUCUUCUCCUGUGAUAUGUGUGAAACUAAGUUUUUCACCCAGUGGCAGCUCAACCUCCACCGCCGAGAAGGGGUGUUUGACAACAACAUUAUCAUCCACCCCAGUGACACGCUGAUGGGAAAGGUGAACUUGUUCAGUGGGGAUUUGGCAUGUGCUGCGUGUGGGAAACCACUGGCCAAAGAUUUUCAUGUAGUUCGGGAACACAUUUUGGACCAUGUGAACUUAAAAGGCCAAACAUGUGGUGUAUGUGACCAGCGGCACCUCAAUCUCUGCAGCCUGAUGUGGCACACACUUUCCCACUUGGGAAUUUCUGUUUUUUCUUGCUCUAUUUGCGCCAACAGUUUUGUGGACAGACAUUUUCUGGAGAAGCACAUGGCAGUCCACCAAAGCAUAGAGGAAGCCCUCUUCCGGUGUCACUACUGUGGCCAGGCUUUCAAGCUGGAAGCUGCUUACCGCUACCAUGUCAGCCAGCACAAGUGUAGCUCCAGCUUGGACCUAGUCCGGCCCAGCUUUGGUGACCGACUCCACCAGCAAGCUCUACAGAAGCGGAAGUUGACUGAGGAGUUCCUAAGCGAGGACAUGGCUCUCCAAAACCAACCUGGGAACAGUAAGUACAGCUGCAAGGUAUGCGGAAAGAGGUUUGCUCACACCAGCGAAUUCAAUUACCACCGGCGGAUCCACACAGGGGAGAAGCCCUAUCAGUGCAAAGUGUGCCACAAGUUCUUCCGUGGGCGUUCCACCAUCAAGUGCCAUCUGAAGACACACUCUGGGGCCCUCAUGUACCGGUGCACAGUUUGUGGCCAUUAUAGCUCCACCCUUAACCUUAUGAGCAAGCAUAUAGGUGUACACAAAGGCAGCCUUCCGCCUGACUUCACCAUUGAGCAAACUUUCAUGUACAUCAUCCAUUCCAAAGAUACGGAGAAAAACACAGACAGCUGAUGCAGCAGUAUUGGGGAAGUAAGCACUACCUGCUGUGGCAGUGAAACUUGCUUCAGUUAAAAAGAAACAAUGUAACUUUUAAUGGUCAAGCAUCAUCAGCAUUGUACUUUAUUUCCCUUUGCCUUGUUAGAAGGUUUCUUAAAUCACUGUCCCGUGAAAACAACAGCACGUUAGAUGUGUUAUUGUUCUCGAGAAACCUGUCGUGUUUACCUCCUGCUGAGUCCAGUGCUCAUCAUUUCAAAUCUAGGAAACAGAGUAUUUUUUUUCUCCUCCAUUGGAUAGGUUUUGUCCCUCAUGACUCCCCCCUUCCCAUCUCUAAUAAGAGAUAAUGAAAAGAUUUAUGCAGCUCCACAUCAGUAAGGAUAGCAGGGGAGGAAGUGGGAAGUAAAAUGAACUGCUUCUAUGCUGUUGUUGGGAGGAUGUAAGUCAGAAAAACUUAACUGUGCAAUCCUAGGCAUAAUUCAGACGUAAGACUCACUUUGUUUAAUGGGACUUAUUCCCUACCUGGUAAGUGUGCUCAGGAGUUGUAGCCUUUGCUGUUUGUCAGAGAAGUUUGUAUUUUCCUCCCACCAGGGUU